AUGGCGGGCUCUCAACAGUACAAAAAUGUCGAGAUACACUACGUUCUCAAGGCUAUUCACAUGAGAAUGCCGUCCGAUUGGGUUCGCAUGAGGUUCGAGCAGCGCUUCAACCGCAAGCUGAGUGAGAACCAAGUUCGUUACUUGAAGAACAAAUAUGGCAGAGAUCCCCGGUUCGGCACUCCUGUUGCCAACAGCACCUCCACCUUUGGAGCACCGAACCCACGGAUUGGACCAGGUUACUGGCCACCUGAUGACAUCUUGGCUAUCGACUACCAAGCUUUUGAAGAACGCGGUGACGACGUCGCCGAACCAAACCUCCGUGUUGUUGCUCCUAUUAGCGGCAUCAUGGCCCCAACGCCUUCACCCAUGGCUCCUCAUGUCCCCGUUGUUCGGUCUGGAGGCCCUGAUGGCAGUGAGCUAGCUGGAGCCCUCGGCGCCCAUACUACCUCCGUGACUGGCCAGAAGCGUGCGCGUGGCAAGGAUGAAGAGGAAGAGGUUGACGGCUUGACCGAAAAUCGUCUUCCAAACUUCCACAAGACAUCCCGCGUCGAUGCCUCUGCAAGCUGCACCGAUCACUUUUCUCGGCCGGAGUACUCUGCCGCCUUUCUGGGCCCUCCUCCCAUAUAUGGAAAUGAUACAAUGCUCUCAAGCGAUGGGGCUUUCACUCCUACUCCUCUUGGACCAGUUCUUCCAGCAUGUCCUCCUGUUGCGCGAACUCCCACAUUCUGCCUGAGUGGUCCAGUUCAUACCUAUGCACUUGGACAGGCAAACCAGUUACCCAUGAACUCCUUCCAUUACACUCAGCUCCGCCCCAUGGGACAAUGCAUAGCCAAUAACAUGUAUACUGAUGCUCUUACUUUUCAAGACGAUGCAUACGCCGAUGUGUCGGGUAGAACAAGACACGGCGUCCCAGGCGAUAUGAGCACGGUUCCAUUCUGUAACCGAAAUGCGAACUUUUCCUUCAAUGGUGGUUUUGGACAGCAUGUUUCUAACGACUUGAGCGUCCCCGGCCUUGGUUACCAGCAUGGCCCAAAAGGUGGUUUUGAUGGCUUUGGCCAGACCUCCGCAGUGCCAUAUCCAUGGGACCUCAACAGCACCUUCGUUCAUCCGUGUAUGGAUCUUUUGAACUCGACACCCAGUUUCCUUGGACUCGAUAACACCUCAGCUAUAGGCACACAAAAUUACACACCACAUCAAGUUUCUGAGCACUACUCCCCCUUUACGCCCGCCUCGAAUAUGACACAGCCGGCGGUAUCGCUCCAACCCGUCAGCAACCAAGUUCCGCAGCAGAUAUCGCUUGAUGGCGCAGCCGUCCCAGAGACGAAUUCUUGCGGCAAUCUAAAGACGAUACUCAACAACAACGGACUUGAUCAUGCGGCAUCCAAGGAAUAUAGAGAACGAUUGGACAGAGAGUUGGUAGAGAGUCUAUCUGUCCAUGGCUCUGAUACUAAUAGCCUGCAUUUCUUUUCCGACUUUCCUUCCUCCUCUAAGUGCGCUUUCAACCAGAAUUUCGAUGUCGCGCAUUUGGCCACAAAUAUGAACGCCUCUACAGCCAAAACUGCUUCUUCGGAUGAAGUAUUUGAGACAUACAUUUGUGAUCUUGAUCGCUCUACGACGGCCUCAACCGUCUGUACUCGCGCAACUUCGGUUUCUCAGCUCAGUGAGCCUGUCCAUAAAGAGAAAGAACACAACGAGAACAGGCUUGAGGUUGAACGCCCCAAGGAAAGUCUCACGACCAGCGCGGCUCAGGCUGCACUUGGCGUUUCUAGGCAAACAGAAGAGAAGUAA